CUGCGGCCCGCGGAGGCGGUAAGCGGUAUUAAGCAGUGCAUCUUUCCCUUAGAUCUCCACGGCUUGGAUCCAUCCAUGGUUCUUCUGGUACCUGCACGGGCUGUGCACACCCAUGAUCCUUCCGUGCAGGCGUUCGUACACCCUCCCCCGUAUAUCCCGGGCCCGUACACAGCACAGCGUCCAGCGGUAAAUCUUCCCUAUACCCCCAGUCUCAGCUGGUUCUGCGUCGGACAAAUUGCCCGAUAUGGCGUCGACCAGAUUAGCAUCAACAAAGUCCGUUUGAACUACCGACCCCCGCGAUCCAGUGCGGGCUAUGAUCUCCUCCGCGCCCUCAUCCCCUCUCUUUUCCAGCCGGACUUCUCUUGGGGCCUUGUCGACCCUCGCCUUUGGGCUACGAUUGUUCAAUUGUACGACCAGUUGCCACCCAUAUUCCAGACAUACGACAUUCCAUUGUCAGAUGAACACAUCCCCUUGCUUCAAUGCAUACAACCCACCCCAAACUUUGCGAUGGUUACACUGCUCGAGCUUCCCGGCUGCUCAGAGCUAUCAGACACGACAGUUGUGAAUCUGAAAUGUUUGCAUAACCUCUGUGCCCUUGACGUUAGUUCAACCGCGCUGUCGUCGUUUGGGAUCAAAGUCCUUUCUGAGACUGUAGGAAUCAGUGUGAUUUCGGACGCUGGAGAGACGGUGGUUCCGAAAGGUCCCUGGAGCCUUCGCAUUCUAAGGCUUCGACACUGCCGAGGGAUCGACGAUAAAAUCAAGGACUACCUCUUGCCCUUCGCAUUGCUCUGUGUUCUAGACUUGCGUGACACGAAAUGCCAUUCAGAUCACUUUUUUUCUCUCGCAUUCAAGCCUGCGACAUUCGAGAAGCAUUCCCUCUAUCAUCCCACUCCGCUGGUGGAAUCCGUCCGGGUUCUAUGUACACUGGCUGAUGAUGUCUUCUCAUCCGUGAACGUCUUCUCAUUACACAUCAACACUCUUUACCAUCCCGCUCGACGUGUGGUAUCUCCUGCUGCGUCGUAUGUCACCGAAAACACAUGUGUUACUUUUCCCCAAGGCAAGACGAAUUUUGUGCUGAGCUCGGCUCCGAAAGAGCCCCAGCUGACGGCUAAAAGACGAAGAAGAAGGCGAGUGUCGUCUGAUCCCGACGAACCGGAGAACAUCCUAGGCCGUCAUGGACUGGAAGACAUCCCAGACGACGACUAUGGACUGGAGGACAUCCCAGACGACUAUGGGCCGGGUGACUUGGCCGAGGAAGAGCUGUUUGCCCAUGCCUUGCAAGAGCGAGCCAAGUCUUUCUACCUUUCCAACAGACUUCCCGCUCCCAAGACUUUGCCCCGGAAAUAUGUGUAUCCAGCAGAGUCCUCGCUGUUGCCUUCGGCUGAAAGCGCGCAGCUGAUGCUCUAUAAAACUCUGCCACCCUGGCGUCUUCCUGAGAGGCCAGAACAGUCCCCAGCAACUCGUCCAGUCGCUGAGGCUGUGCUCGUGCUUUCCAAGGAAAAGAAAGCGGCCAUGGCUCGGUACAGUCAAGCGCUGGCAGAGAAACGACGCAAAAUAUCAGAUUCGGCAGCAGCCGAGCCUACAAAUCAGGCCGUGACGUCCGCUCCAUUGGCUCGAAAUCCUUUUAGACGAAAGAGUGAAGGAUCCACCGGAACGACUGACCUCCGACCCAUCUCCAGUUUCAAUCCGCCUCCUUUGCCUGACGGUAUGGACAGGCUGUCUAAAGACGCGGCCCGCAACAGAAAAGCGCGUGUCGGCGUGUCGGGUCGGGCUCUGUCGCGUGGGACUUCUGCUGCUUUUGAUUGGAAGAAGUGGGACUCGAAGAACUCGAAAUUGCAAGAUAAAUUGUAA